CUGCUAAUCACUACUACUAUCAUUUCUGUGCGAAUUGUAGCCAUCUCUGAGCCCCAAAAGCCGACCGUUGAAACAACGUCGAUAUCGAUCCAAGAAGGAACUAGCGUUACGAUAGCUUGUUCGAUACAAGGCGCGUCUGGAGAGGAGUUGCAUUGGCGUAGAGCCGAUGAUCAGUACAUGAGUUUUGAUGCAUCCGAUGAGAACGGUAUACUGACCAUUUCCAAUGUGAAAGUAUUUGACGCUGCCGAGUACAUCUGCUAUACGUAUGACCGAAUGACCGGUGAACGAAUUGACUCGGAACCGGUCAAUCUUGUAGUAACACCUUCAGACGAGGAAAGAACCGAAGAAGAUUUGUUCGGUGAGGACCGAGAGCGACCACAACCUGAACCUGAUCAGGAACCGGAGCCUGAGCCUGAACGUGAACUUCCAUUGGAACCAGCUGUAGAACCGAAACCAACGAUUGAGAAGUCAACCGUGACAGUUGAUCAGGGUGAGACGAUCACCCUGAAAUGUUCCAUUCCGGUUCGAGACAGUGAGACGAUUCUACAUUGGCGCCGCGCUGACGGUCAAUCGAUGGGAUGGCAUAUUACCGAGACUGAUGGCACACUGACAAUCGAGAACAUUCAACCGUCGGAUGCCGGGGCGUAUAUCUGCUCGGCUGAAGAUACGGAAACCUAUGAAAUAGUUGACUCAGAACCAGCUCACAUCACUGUUCUGCCACUAACACAACAACCCAGUACGUUUUCAAUUUCACUUAACACUUAUAUUUACUAA